AUGAUAAAUCAACUGUCGUUGGAUGUUAAUGGUCAACCUAAAAUAGCUCGGGCUUUUGCCUCUACCCAAAGACCUCAUGUAAUUGCGAAGGAGACAUCAGAUGUAAUCGGGAGUUUAGAUGAUAUACGUAUAGAAAGCACGUAUACGGGACCACACCUGACAUUACCUGUAACUCAUGCCCAGGUUAAAACAUUAAUACAAGCAUUUAAAGCUAAACAGAGACUACAUGUACGGUAUUUACUGGAACUACUAAACGCAGCUCGUAAAUUGUUACAGCAACAGAAAAAUAUCAACUAUGCUUCCACAUCAAUAUCCAAGCAGAUUACAGUCUGUGGUGAUCUACACGGAAAACUUGAGGAUUUAUACAUGAUCUUCCAUAAGAAUGGUCUUCCAUCAGUUGACAAUCCGUUUGUUUUUAAUGGUGAUUUUGUGGACCGUGGACCAUCGUCUAUCGAGGUUGCUACAAUAUUACUAGCCUGUUUUCUUGCCUCACCUAAUGAAGUCUUCUUAAACCGUGGUAACCACGAAGAUCAUGUUAUGAACUUGAGGUAUGGUUUUAUCAAAGAAAUCAUCAAAAAAUACAAGAAUAAUGCUGUAAAGGUGACAAAUGCCUUUAGUGAAGUAUUUAGUUGGUUACCGUUAGCAACAGUUAUAGAUGAUAAGGUAUUGGUAGUGCAUGGUGGGAUAUCCGACCAUGUUAGUAUGAAAUCACUGGCACGAUUAGACAGACAUAAGUAUAUAUCAGUUUUACGACCACCAACUAUAACAGAUGUUGGAGGACUGGAUAGUAUGUCUAUGGAAUUACAAAGACUGGAAGAGUGGAAACAGGUAUUAGACUUAUUAUGGAGUGAUCCCAAAUCACAUAUGGGAUGUAAUCCAAAUACGUUUCGUGGAGGAGGAUGCUAUUUUGGUCCAGAUGUCACUGAGAGUUUCCUAGAAGAACAUAAAUUCCAACUUUUAAUACGUUCCCAUGAAUGUAAACCCGAGGGGUUUGAAUACAAUCAUGAUGGAAAGGUAACUAUGACUCAGUAUUUUAUUAAAGUAACAAUGCACCAUAUACAUUUUUUGCUAAAUUAUCAAAUUUCUCUCGGAUCAGCUGUUUAG